UCCCUCUUCUUCCUCCUCCUCCUCAUCCUCUUGAUCUCAAUCCUGUGCUUCUUCUUCUUCAUCAUCAUCAUCCCUCUUCGCUCAUCACCCAACAAUGUCUAAUUUCACUUAUACUUCUGCUUUCAACUUAUCUGAGUCUCCUUUUAAUCCUGCCAUUGGUUCUUCUUCUUCUUCGUCGUCUUCCUCUGCGUUCGUAUCCCCCGAUGAUGAUACCGACGACGCUUGCAGCAUCUGUCUCGAGCCUUUCACUGUCCAGGACCCUUCCACUGUUACCAGUUGCAAACAUGAAUAUCACCUUCAGUGCAUCGUUGAAUGGACACAGAGAAGCAAAGAGUGUCCUAUUUGCUGGCAAUUGUUUGUUUUGAAAGAUCCUGCUAGCCAAGAGCUUUUGUCAGCUGUGGAGAAGGAAAGGCUGAUGAAAACCAGGAACGUAUCUUCAUCCUCACCAAGGUCUAUUCAUCACUCCCAUGAAGAUUUUCACUCAGAUGAGGAGGAAUCACAGUUUAGCAGCUUUGAUGAACAAUUCUUGAGGCAGCUCACUGAAGCUGCUCAUAGACGUUGUUUGCUUCGAAGGAGGGAGACUCAGAUAUCCUCAAGUCUUGUUUCUCCUAGUGAUCUCACUACGGUUCAUCCUACUGAUAUGGCCAAUCUUGAUCACAAUUCUGCUGUUAUUUCCAAUGUUGAACAUCGGAACACAAACCUUUGUCUGACUCCUGGAUCAACAACUCCUGCCUCUGAUCACACUUCUAAUCCUGCAGAUAGCAACAACGGAUCCAGAAUCUCCCCUGGCUUUUCUCCAUCUCGUUCAUCUCAAAGUCCAAAUUCACCUGAAGCAUCCUCUCUUCCGGAAGCCAUUAAAUCCAAAUUAGCUGCUGCUUCCGCAAGGUACAAAGAGUCAAUCUCGAAAAGUAAACAAGGUCUUAAGGAGAAGCUACUUGCACGCAAUAACUCUGUGAAAGAACUGAGCAAAGGAGUUCACCGUGAGAUGAACGCAGGAAUAGCUGGGGUUGCACGGAUGAUCGAACGCUUGGAUCUUGCUUCGAAACGUUUUGGAGGUUCUACUCAUGUAUCAACAACCUCCACUACUACUUCUGCUUCUGGAUUCAACUUCUCAUUCAAAGGGAAGCGUGUUGAAGCCAAUUCCAAGUCUACCAACGAUGGGGACAAAACCGAAUCUCAUUAACAUAAGCUGCAGGGAGAAGAAUCAUGCUAAGUAAAAUCAAACGAAGGGAUAAGACCUAUAAUGCAAGCGAUGUACGUUUUCAAGUGAAUCAACUUUACUCGUUGGUCUUCGCAUCCUGCAUUGUUCAGAGCUAAUGGUCUCUCUCUCUGUGUUCUCGUUUUUGCUAUUGGUACGUAGAAGACUAAAAUAAGCAAAAUCCUUCUCUGAGUAAUCUUCUUCACUACUCAGAUUUUCAAGGAGGCAAACUUUUUAUUAAUUAAUUUUCAGAGGAUAAUGUUUUAUGUUUUUCACUCUUAGACUGGAAUUGGAUUAGUCGGCUGUUAAUCAUUAUUCCAUUAAGAUUCUAUCU